CUUCCUCUUACCUGUACAUUGGUUGUCAUCGACAAUCCUUCCUCCAACAUUUCUAUUUCCUUUCCUCCUAAGACAUUUUAUACCCUUUAUUAUACGCAUUUAUGAAUAGACUAUAAAUACCCCAUGUAUCUAGUCGCCCUUUUUUCUCUAUUCCCACAUUCCAUCUGAAUUUCCUCUAGGGCUAAGGCUUGUUGACGUGGUGGUUGCCUUCAUUCCUCAAAAUGGCAGCACAAAAUGCGAUUGUGUUCGAGGAUUUCUUCCCUGCUAUGGUGGAGAAACUAGGUGCUGAAGGGUUCAUGAAGGAGCUGAUCAAUGGGUUUCGGUUGUUGAUGGAUGGAGACAAAGGGAUGAUCACUUUCGAGAGCUUGAAGAGGAACUUGGCUUUGCUUGGAUUGCAAGACAUGACCGAUGAGGAACUGGUUUGCAUGUUGAGAGAAGGCGAUUUGAAUGGAGAUGGUGCUUUGGAUGAGAUGGAAUUUUGUACUCUAAUGUUCAGGUUGAGUCCUGCCUUAAUGAAGAGCUCCAGAAAAUUGUUGGUAGAAGCUUUAAUUAACGAAAUGUAAUCCUUUUGAUUGCAUUCAGAGGAAAAAAAAGUGCAAGUGUUCUCCUUGUUCUAGGCCAUUGUUUACCAGCCAAUUACUCUGUGAUUAAUUGUUGGAAAAAAAAAUGACAAUGCAGCUUUCCUUUCUCAAUUAUUGUUUCCAUUGUAGUGAUUUCUUUUCCCUGAUAUGAGAUUUUAAAACUUUUGGCUAGCAAAAUCAAAGAGCCGGUGUUCUUAUAGGUGAUAAAAUUGAUGCCAAGGGGUUGACUAUGAUACUGUUCCCAUUGGUUUUUAGUAAUUUUUUAAAUGCUAAAAUAGGGUUGAGUUGGCUUAGAAUUCCAGUUUCUUCUACAUCUUUAUGGACAAAUAUAAGUUAGCAAAAGACAAAAAGGAAAGACAGAACAAGAAAUGGACAAACGAGGAAACAAACAGGACAGGAGGCAUCAUUGUCCAUACUAUUUUGGCGAAUUGAAACUGGAAGAUAUUUUUACUUGAAACGGCUUAUCAGACAGACCCUUGGAACUCAGAACUCUCCGACUCUCACACCUAAAGGAAAAAAAUAACAAUAAAAGAAGAAGAAGAAGGAGGGCCAGGGUCAGAUUAUUCUGGGCUUGUUGCCUAGCUAAAGAGUCCAAUCUGAAAACAUCAAUAUAGGCUAGUUGGUUGGACUCUUCAAAAUUUUUUCUCUAG